AUGAUGAACACCGCCGAUCUUUUACGAGUGGUGGCUGACGGUGGCCACCAACCGCCGACAAAACGAUGCCAAUGGGCUCCCAAAACUUGGCGGCUGACUGUUACGGCGGCAGUUGUUACGAAGGCGACUUCUGACCCAUCCACCCCGUGGUUGAAGGGACAAAACGACUCCGCGACCUACACAACUUGGCGGCUGACUGUGGUGGUCAAUCACCGAUAA